CCCCAGCUAGCAGAGACGUUAAACCCUAUCCGUUAGAUGCACUAGAGCGGCAACCGCACCCCAUGGCGCACGCCGCCGCAGCCGCCGUGCCGCUGCGCCGCCCGCUCCUCCUCUUCCUCAAGCCGGCCCGCCUCCUCUCCUCCCUCGCGCCCCCCUCGUCCCGCCGCGCUCAUCCCCGGGGCACGCUCCGCCCCGUCGCCCCGUUGCCCUCCGACGGCGAGGACUCGGGCGAUGCGGACGCCGCGUCCUUCGGGAGGAGCCGCAACGAGAAGAAGCGGGAUGCCCGCCGCGCCGUGCAGUGGGGCAUGGAGCUCGCCAAGUUCUCCACUCCCCAGAUCAAGCGCAUCCUGAGGGCCGCGAGGCUGGAGAGCGAGGUGCUGGAAGCUCUCGUGCUCGUCAAGAAAUUCGGGCCCGACGUGCGGGAAGGAAGGAGGAGGCAGUACAAUUACAUCGGGAGCCUUCUUCGCAGUGUACAACCUGAAUUGAUGGAAACUCUUAUCCAAUCUUCAAAGGAUGGAGAUGAUAGCAGGCUACAAGCGUUAUUGAGUGAAGUGGAAGACAAGGCGAUGCAAACGGAAGACGAGGAAGUGGAAGAGUUAUCAGAUGAAGAAGAGGGUGAUGAAGAGUACAUAGAAAUUGCAGAUAGAUGGUUCGAGGGCCUCGUUUGCAAAGAUAUUCCAGUCACUAAUGAAGUUUAUGCGAUUCAUGAUGUUGAAUUUGACCGUCAGGAAUUGAGGAAACUUGUGCGGAUAGUCCAAGUAGUUCAAGAAGAAAGUAUGCAAAAUAAAGAUCGUGGGAAAGGAUCUGAUGUCAAGCUUUCCAGAGCAAAGAAACCACUUCUGAUGUUCCUUCGCUCCCUUGCAAAGAAGCAUGCUGAAUAGUAGGAGGAGCAGUACAGGUUUGCUUUCUUAUUUCCUCAAUCAUCAGCAUGUACAUGUUGUUUGACUUCUACACACCCAAGAUCAACAUAACUAGCGAGUUGAUGUCAUGGAGUCCUUGGCAGAGGAACAAGAGGAAGACAGGUGCGGCGGUGAGGGGAACUAUCAUGUACGAAGUUUAGGCAAAUUGUUGGACAAUGAUCUGCCAACUUUCGCAAGAAAUCAUGUGAUGCACCACCCUGACUGUUCUACUUCUUUCUGAGACUUUGAUCUGCCUCACAGCUGCGAGUUGUUUCUGCAUAGGAAUAAACUAACCUGCAUUUCUCAGUAUGUGAGAGGAAAUUAUGUCUCAUACGUCAUGUGCCGCCAAACAUUUGAGAAUGUUGGACUGAUUUCCUGGGAUUGUUUCCGGGUUCAACCGUUCAAGUAAAUCAAGAGGGUCCCCUAUAAUUUUCUUUUC